CCGAAAUGUUCACCGGUGUGUACCUUGCCCAUGUAAUUCUCUGUUUGUUGCCCAUCAUUUUACUCUUGAUUUUUAUUCCUGAUUUCCUUCCUUUGGCUGAUGUUUUGUUUCUUUUGUUUUAUAAAAAAUAAUGGAAUAAUUAAGUAACAGUCAUACAUGAAAACAUGCUCUAAAGAAUUGCUUAAAUUCAGAACAGAGCACUUAUCAUCAUACAUAUUCCCCUUCCUUUUCUUUGCCUCCUACUGCGGAAUGAGUUAAGGCACAGAUCAUCAUCAUCAUCAUCAUCUUCAUCUUCAUCUUCAUUGCUGCAUGAUCCAUCCCCAAAAGCUCAUAAAACGCUUCCAAUGGCCGACCCCUUCUUCUCUCAACCAAACCACCCAACUCCACGCCCACUUCAUCAUCUCCGGCGCCGCCAUCCCCCACCCCCUCUCCUACCCCUCCACCGCCCACCUCUCCUCACGCAUCCCUAACCCCUCCACCUUCUACUACAACACUCUCAUCCGUGCUUACUCCCGCUUCCAUCUUCCCCACCUCUCCAUCCUCAUCCACCGCCAAAUGAUCACCAAUGCCGUUCCUCACGACUCCCACACCUUCCAGUUCUUGUUCAAGUCCUGCUCCCUCCCUUCUAUGUCGCUUCUUCAUGGUAAGGUCAUCCAUGGACUGUUCCUUAGGCUUUUCCCCGAGUUUGAUGCCUUGCCGCUGAACUCUUUGAUCCAUUUGUAUGUUGCGUUUGGGUGUUUAGAUGAUGCAAGGUGGGUUUUUGAUGGGAUUGGGAUGAAGGACGUUGUAUCUUGGACGACCAUUGUUGCUGGGCUUGCGAGAGCUGGUUGCUUGGAUGAUGCCCGGAAGCUGUUUGAUGAAAUGCCUGAGAGGAAUGUUGUUUCUUGGACUAGUAUGGUGUCUGGUUAUUCUCAGGCUGGACGUGCGGCGGAGUCGGUAGAAUUCUUUAAGAAGAUGAUUUCGGAUGAUGUCUUGCCAGAUACUGUGGCGAUGGUUGCGGUGCUUUCAGCCUGUGGGCAGUUGCGGGAUUUGGGAUUGAGCAAAUGGGUUCAUCAGUAUGUGAUUGAUGCAGGCAUUGGUAUGAGUGAUAAUCUUGCUGUUGCUCUCAUUGAUGUCUAUGCGAAAUGUGGAGAUCUAAAUUCUGCUCGCCAAGUUUUUGACUUGAAUGGUUGGAAGGUUCUUCCAGCUUGGAAUGCUUUGAUUGAUGGUUAUUGCAAAGUAGGUGAUGUAGACAUGGCUCGGUCCUUGUUUGAUCAGACGGAAGUUCGUGAUCUCAUCACCUUCAAUUCGAUGAUCUGCGGGUACAUCCAGAGUAGUCAGCUCAAGCAAGCAUUGCAUUUAUUUGUUGAGUUGCGCACUUCUGGAUUUCAGCCUGAUAAGUUCACAAUGGUUGGCUUGCUCUCAGCUUGUGCAAACUUGAAUUCACUAGACCAAGGCAAGGCCUUGCAUGCUUAUAUCGAGGUGAGCUCAAUUGUUUUUGAUGUCUUCCUAGGGACUGCAUUGUUGGACAUGUACGCAAAAUGUGGGAGGAUGGAUGAGGCACUGCUUGUCUUCAAUAGAAUGCGUGACAAGGAUGUGAUGACCUGGACUGCAGUUAUUUCAGGCCUAGCCAUGAAUGGAAAAGGCAAACUUGCUCUUGAACAUUUCGCUUUGAUGCGGAAAUUGAGCAUAAGGCCUAAUGCAGUUGCGUACAUUGGUGUCCUGACUGCGUGUAGUCACUCAAACCUUGUAGAGGAGGCUCGCAAACACUUUCAUGAGAUGACAUCUUUAUACAAUCUAGAGCCUGAGGUUGAGCAUUAUGGCUGCAUGGUAGAUAUUCUUGGUCGAGGAGGACUAUUGGAAGAGGCGGUCAAGCUUAUUGAUAGCAUGCCGAUUAAGCCAAAUGCAGUAAUUUGGGGAUCCUUAUUAAGUGCUUGUAGAGUUUACAAGAAUGUUGAUGUAGGUGAGAAGGCAGCAAAAAACAUUCUUGCUUUAGAGCCCAAUGAGGAUGCUGUCUACGUCCAGUUAUCCAACUUGUACGCCAAUUCAGGAAAUUGGGCCAGUGCCUCCAAGAUCAGGAGACUGAUGGAGGAGAGGGGAAUAAAGAAGACAGCUGGUUACAGCAGUCUCAGUGUGGCUGGGCAAGUCCACAAGUUCAUUGCAGGUGAUCGGUGUCACCCUGAGAUCAAUGAGAUUGAAGCUAUGAUGAAUGUGAUGGCCAAAAAAUUAAAGUUGGCAGGAUAUUUACCGAUCACAUCAAAAAUAUCAGUUGAUGUUAAUGAGGAGGAAAAGGAGCAAGCAUUAUUUUUGCACAGCGAGAGGAUAGCAAUUGCUUAUGGACUUAUGAGAUUGGGAGCUAGUUUGCCAAUUCACAUCACAAAAAACCUUCGUGUCUGCGAGGAUUGCCACAUUGCUAUCAAGCUUAUUGCGAAAAUAUGGAACAGGAAAAUCGUGGUUAGAGACCGGAGUCGCUUCCACCAUUUUAGUGAUGGGCAGUGUUCUUGCAAUGAUUUCUGGUGAAUUAAUCAAUCAGAUGGUCUGCUACUUGCUGAUCCAUGUCAAGUUUCCCAUUCUUGUACUACAUGGAUCGUGAUAUGCUUAUUCAUGUGCAAGAGCAUUACAGAAGGAGUAUUGUUUGAGACAUUGAGUUGAUGGUGGUUAAGCAGAAAAGGAAUAGCAUGUCUCCAACUUGAUACAGAUUCAUUCCCAUGAAAGUUAGGAGCACCAAUACUAGUUUGAGAGAUCUGUUUGCUGAAUUUCACAUGAAAAAACUGACACAAAGAUUAUUGUUUGAUAAAAGUGAUCCUGAUGAAGCGGUUCACCUCAAAGAUUGACAGUUCACUCACUGAAUUAACAAUCUUUAGCUUGAUUGUUGCAUUCGCUUUCCUGUUCAGCUCAAGAUCCUCGACAAAAAGCAUUGCACGUUCGACAAUUGGAAGAAGGCAAUAGAACAGAUCAUCUUCAACGACCGCGCAACAGCAACAUGUUAUCCAUGCUACUAUCCUUUGCAUUAUGAAGGAUUGGCAAUAAGCUAUCAACUCUAUAUCAGCAAUAUGCUGUUGGGUGCUAAUACAGUUCACAUUAUGAAGGAUUGACAAUGCUGUCAAUUGAUUGUACUAUAAUUCACAUUAUGAAGAAUCAGCAAUACAGAAAGUCUCAGAAUGAGCUGACAAUGAAUAAAUACUAAGCUUGAUCAUCUGAUCAUAUUUUAUUCAAUGGUUACUAGUAAUCAUUUUCUAAUUUUUUUUUUUUUUAGUAAUUUGAGUCUUGAUACAUAACUUUGUAGUUUGUAUUCAAAGAUUACUAGUAAUCCUUUUUUUUUUGUGGUUUACAUCUUGAUACAUAACUUUUUCCUGUAUUCUUUGAGUUUCAGUCAAGUAUCAAGAUUCAAGAUGCCUGCAUGUGUAUUCAAACAAUUUGGAGACCACCAAUUGAAUGCUCCAUUUUAUUCUGAUUUUCAUCUGAUUUAUAUCUGAUUAAUUAUUGUUGAUAUAUGUCAUUGUGCUACAACUUUGAUUUCCUAACUUCAUAGUCUCUAGAUUUUUUUUUUUAGUUUUCAGGUAUAAUUUCAAUAUCCAUGAUUCUAUCCCCUUCUGUAUCAACUCUUGCUUCACACACACACACACACAAAAUAAAAUAAAAUAAAAAUCCAUAAUUUAGAAGAUAUUAUAUCUGAAUGUUUCUAUCCAGCUCAAAAACCAACAUCUACCACACA